UUUGCUUGCUUCUCAAGGAAACAUUAGGUUAUCAACAUAUAUAUCUAGUUUAACCGACUUGGGCAUUGUUAUAAAUAACAGGAAUCAGAUACACGCAAACUAAAAUUUUCAUAAUUGUAUUCCAAACAAAAAAAACAAAAAAGCUCCUUUGAGAAAAACACAACAAAGUAAUGGCAGUCCAAAACCUAAAGGCUACUGUCAAUUCUUCUUCUUUAAUUCAUCCUGAUUCGAUUGAGCGUGAUGCAAAUUUGAAGACAUUAAUAUCGAAGAAGAAGCUCCACCUCGUACUCGAUUUAGACAAUACCAUUCUUGAAUCGGCUAUUUUAGAAACUUUAACCAAAUAUGAUCAAGAUUAUUUAAAACGCCCCGUUGCUGUCAAAUUGAUGGAAGAUAAAAAACUAUAUAUAUGGGAUUAUGAAGCAGAGGGGUUCAAGGAUGUUUAUGUAACCAAAUUAAGGCCUUAUGUCAAAACGUUCCUCAAGGAAGCAAGUACACUAUUCGAUAUAUCAAUUUUUACGCUAGGAAACGAGACAUAUACAAGGAAGAUGCUAGAGCUACUUGAUCCCGAGCGUUUGUAUAUUAACUCACAAGUGAUCACGAGGGAGAAGGUGCUAUUAACGAGAUCAUGGAGGAAGGGGCAUCAUUUUUUGAAGUCGCAUGAAAGGGUCGUGUUAGUAGUCGAUGAUGCAAAAGACGUGUGGGAAGCUAAUGCUAAAAAUUUGAUCGAUAUAGCACCAUACGGGUUCUUUAAAGAUGAGUCCUCAAAUAAGAAAUCUUGGACGCAAAAGUUGGCGGAUGAAAGUGAGAAGUAUGGAGAACUUGCUCGAGUUUUGAGAGAGUUAAAGAAGAUUCACAAAGAGUUUUACAAUUUGGAGGAAGGUGAAGAUUAUGAAAGCCGUGAUGUAAGAGAUGCAAUUGAAGAAGUGAAGAGAAAAUUCAGCUUGCAAGGUACUAAGGAUGCGAUGAGUCAACAUGCAAAGGAAACAACUAAUGAGAUUGAUGAAUGCUUCAAAUCGAUGGAUCUAAAUUGCCGCAGAAAUAAACUAAAUCGAAUUCAGACUAGUCAUGAAGUUAUGUAAUGUUAGUUCUAGCUAACAUGAAUUCUAUGAUUUUCUUUACGUACUUUUGAUUUUCUUUUUUAGGAAAUUAUUUUGAA